CUCAGUUCCGGAAGCCGGGCAUCAGAGCGUCUUGCGUCAACACGUUGGCGCAAAGCCGCUUCCGGGUAGUGGGGCGUGCGAACCGCGGGCUCUGCCAGUGCACGUGGACCCGAUCCUUGGCAGCGUCAUGGGGCGCAAGUUGGACCCCACCAAGAAGGAGAAGCGCGGGCCUGGUCGGAAAGCGCGUAAACAGAAGGGUGCUGAGACCGAGCUCGCCAAAUUCCUGCCCUCGGUUGGCGAUGAAAGUGGGAAGAGGCUCUCUAGCCGAGCCAGGAAGAGGGUAGCCAAGAGGAGAUCAGAAUCUGUAGGGGCUCCUGAAACCAAGAAACUAUCUCCUAGUCCAAAGCCUUUAACAAAAGGUGCUGUCCAGCCCUCUGGGAAGAAAGGACCCCAGACUUCGGAGCUCAGAAUUGGAAAUGAAGCAUUGCUUGGACCUGCUAAGGGCAAAAAGCGCCCAGCCCCUCCUCAUAAUAGUGAUGAGGGAGACUCUGAGGACAGUGAUGCAGGGAGUGAAGGGGAUAACUGGGCUUCUGUGGAGAGUGAAGAUGAUAUGGUAGAUGAUUAUGGUGUGGCCUCAGAAGAAGAAACUGAUGAAGAUGAUGAGCUCUUGCCCAUUGAGAAGGCAGCUCAGAAGCAGAGGGCUCAGGAAGCAGAAAUUCUGAGUGACUGGAGUUCAGAAGACACUGAGGAGGAGGAAGAGGAAGCAGAACAGUCUUCCCAGCCAAAAUCCAAAAGUGAUGAUGAAGAAAAUGGGGACCUUCAGAUCAACUUGGACAACGAUGAGAAAUUUGUAUUGCCUUCUGGCAAGGAGAUAGAGCAAGAGAAUGCCCAGGCUCCAGAUCUGCAAUCUGUACACCAGCGAAUCCAGGACAUUGUAGGGGUGCUGCGGGAUUUUAGGUCUCAGCGAGAGGAAGGUCGGUCUCGGACUGAGUACCUGAGCCGGCUUCAGAAAGAUUUGGCUACAUAUUACUCCUAUGGAGACUUCCUGAUUGGCAAGAUAAUGGACAUUUUCCCUCUUUCUGAGCUAGUGGAGUUCCUAGAAGCUAAUGAGGUCCCCAGACCCAUUACCCUCCGGACCAACACCCUGAAAACCCGUCGCCGGGAUUUGGCUCAGGCCUUGAUCAACCGUGGGGUGAAUCUGGAUCCUUUGGGUAAAUGGUCAAAGACUGGACUGGUGAUAUAUGACUCUUCUGUGCCCAUUGGGGCUACUCCUGAGUAUCUGGCAGGGCACUAUAUCCUUCAGGGUGCUUCCAGCAUGCUGCCUGUCAUUGCCCUGGCACCACAGGAACACGAGCGUAUUUUGGAUAUGUGUUGUGCCCCUGGUGGCAAGACUAGCUACAUAGCCCAACUAAUGAAGAAUACAGGAGUGAUCGUUGCCAACGAUGCUAAUGCUGAUCGCCUCAAGAGUGUUGUAGGGAAUCUGCACCGGUUGGGGGUCACCAACACAAUCAUCAGCAACGAUGAUGGACGUCAUUUCCCUAAGGUGGUAGGAGGCUUUGAUCGGGUACUGCUUGAUGCCCCGUGUAGUGGCACUGGUGUCAUCUCUAAGGACCCAUCUGUGAAGACUAACAAGGAUGAGAAAGACAUCCAGAGAUGUGCCCAUAUCCAAAAGGAACUACUCCUGAGUGCUAUUGAUUCUGUUAAUGCUGCUUCCAAGACUGGAGGCUACAUUGUCUACUGCACUUGCUCCAUUAUGGUAGAAGAAAAUGAAUGGGUGGUAGACUAUGCCCUGAAGAAGAGGAAUGUGCGGCUGGUGCCCACGGGUCUAGACUUUGGCCAAGAGGGCUUUACCCACUUCCGAGAACGGCACUUCCAUCCCACACUUCGAUCUACCCGACGUUUCUACCCCCAUACACACAACAUGGAUGGCUUCUUCAUUGCUAAGUUCAAGAAGUUUUCCAAUGCUAUACCUCAGUCUAAGAAAAGUGAUGCAGCAGACAAUCCCACAGACUCCAAACUGACCGCUGGGUCAGCUAAAGCCCAGGUGGCCCUCCAGUCUAAAGUCAGCCCUAAGCUUAUCAAGAAGGCCAAGCAAGCUGGAAAGGCAAAGGUGAAGAAACUAGGAGCUGGAAAGGGAAACGUGAAGCAUCAGCAGCAGGAGCAGCCCUCUAAGAAGACUGUUUUCCAGAAUGGGAAGCACAUCCACAAGGGCCCUCGGGCUCCUGCAGCAAGGACUCCUAGUUCCUGUCAGCCCCCACCUAGGAAGAAGCAGAAACCUCAGUCCUGACACAGUGCUGACUGUGGGGUCUUGAACUGCCAGACUGGUGUUACUCUCUUGAGCUUCUUAUGACUGUGAGCUUCUUUCUGGAGCUUGGCCUCAGCCGUGGAACACAAGCCUUGUCUGACUCAGACAACCCAAUUAACCUUCCCCUUCCCAAUGUAUACACAUAAAUAUACCCAUGCCCA